CGAAGUUCUUUGGGAUGUAAGGAAGUGCGCAUGUAAAUUCGACGGGCUUUGGUGUUUUGCCGCUGCUAAAACAAUUUUCGUUCUGUUUUAAGGAUGAAGCAGGAAAUACCUGCCUGCUUAGCUGUGAAUGGAAGUUCCAUCAAUGGCGAAGAAGAAGAAGCCAAACUGUUAGAGGUGGUGGAAAAGAUACCUGCAUGCUUAUCUGUGAAUGGAAGUUCCAUCAAUGGCGAAGAAGAAGAAGCCAAAGUGUCAGAGGUGGUGGAAAAGGAACAGCAGCGUGGAAAAAGACAGCGGAGUGGAGCUCAGAAGCGCAAAUUGAGAAUGCAGCGGGCACUGGCAGCAGGAGAGAAGGUGAUUCCCAGAUCUGAACGAUCGCAGAGAGGGAGAGCUCCGGCUAAGGUAGCUCCAAACUCCAGGCCCGUGGGUGCGACGAAUGGCAAACUGGAGGUGUCUCCAGGAGAGGAAGCCGGUCAUUCGGAACCGGGGCAAAACCCGAGCGACGGCCCCGCGUCUCCGUGCGGGGACCCGACGACCUCCGUGAGGAUGGCCGUCGUCUGCAGAGGGUUCCCGUCGGUUAAGAUCACCGAGGAGCAGCACGAUGCGCUGCAGGAUGCCCUGCUCGACAGGAUCGAGCUGUCCGGUGGCACGCAGCCGUUGCAGUUCCUGUCUGCUCGGUGCACCGACGGGGCCUCGUAUUUCAUUUGCGCCAACAAGUGGACGGCGGUGUGGCUGGAGGAGACGAUACCCGACAUCAGCCCGUGGGGAGGUGCCAGGCUGAAGGUCGGGCCUGCCAACGCCGUGAUGCGGCUGGCGAAGGUUCUCGUCUGGAUCCCGAAACCUGCGAGCAAGAAGGGCACCCCCGAGAUUCUGGCACUUCUGCAGAAGCAGAAUAUAGGCGUGCCAUCUGCAGAAUGGAAGGCCGUCAGCAGGAAAGAUGCGGACGAUGGCACGUCGCUGGUUCUCGUUAUCGACGAGAAGUCUUACCGGGCACUGAGGGGGUACAAAUUUAAACUGUAUCUCGGUAUGGGGCAAGUGUCCUUCAAGAUCCUCGCGAGACCACCAGGAUUCAAUUGAAUUAAUCUCUCCCCACCCCUACCCCCACCCCCCUUCCCCGUGAGGGGGCAGUUCAGCGACCUCGCACACGCGAUCGGUGGCUGAGAAACGUUUCUCGGCACCACUUUGAGGAAUUGAGACUCGGGAUUGUGAUCCUCAGGCAUGCAGAGAGUAAGGAACUGUGUAGGUGGGUGUCCAGCUGUAAAUCUAUAUAUUUUCUGACACGUGGAGGCAUUGGAGUGUUAACUGAUUUGCUUUGUGGAAUUACACCAGCUUUGGUCACACAGUCAUGGCUGGACUUUGGUUCCACACACCUAGUGCAUACACCUUCUGGCAGAGCUCAUUAUGUGCUUCAGGCUGGUCUAACCUGGAACUGUUGAUUGAGACUAUGAUACAUUGCUCUGUGCUGUAGACAGUCAUUAUUUGAAAGUUACCAACUGUAAUUUGUUAAGAUUACUUCUCAAUUGUAGCAUGUACCGUGUUGAGAGGAUAAAAUCCUCAUGUAUAAUUCGGGGAAAGAAAGUUUACCUCAAGACUGCA